ACGCUGACGACGACUCUAGCGGACACGAGAUAGGAGAGCAGAGACAUCUUCACGCGUGUAGAGUCUGCAUACCACCAUCCACCACCUCCUCCACGACAACGACAUUCGUUUUCUAGCUCUCUCCGCGGCCACGACGCGCGAAACAAUCGAAAGCGUCAUCCGGCCACCAGUGCGGCGGCGACAAGCGCUGGCCCAACGACCACCAAACUCUCGCCCGCCAGCCAUCCGUUCCAGGAAGGCGAACCUCCUGCCUUUGCCGUUCGUUCUUCGAUCCCUUACCACCAACAACCCCGACUUUCGCUUUGUGUCUGCACCAGCGGCGGACUGUGCGCUCGACUCCUCCUAAAAACACCACCGUCGCCGCUCGUCAGCGCGCUGACGACGCCCACCUUCGCUCCGCGCCUCCGGGCCAGCCGGCGCGCAUACCAAUACCAGUCGACUGCAUUCAUCUCGGACACGCCCUCAGAGCAACCGCAGCCGCAAUCAUGACGCGCUCAGUAACAUCAUUAAUCUCGACCCUCCUCCUGGCGCUUGCGCCGCUCACAUGCGCCGAGCGCAUGCUGACGUCCACUUCGCUCAACCCCUGUCAGGCGAACAACAACUUUUCAGCGACCCUCUUCGACGUCGUAUUCACGCCUAAGAAUCGCUCGUUGGCAUUCGAUGUGGUCGGUGUCAGCAGUAUCACCGGAAACGUUACUAUCGAGCUGGUGGUGCUCGCAUACGGUCUUUCGGUGUACAAGACUACCAUCAACCCAUGCGACUCCGACGAUUUCCAGGGACUGUGUCCCAUGAACGAGGGCCAGAUCAACCUGAACAGUAAUGCGGAUAUCCCAGCAGACAAGCUGAAACAGGUACCAGGCAUUGCGUACACUGUACCAGAUCUUGAUGCCAAGGUGCAGGUCUACUUCAACUCCACUAACACUGGCACAUCGGCGGCUUGCGUCGAGGCAGAGUUGUCGAAUGGAAAGACGGUAGACCAGAAGGGAGUGGCAUGGGCACUGGCCGUGCUCUGCGGUCUGGCGCUUGUCUCAUCAGCCAUCACAUCUGGACUCGGACACUCGAACACCGCUGCCCAUGUUGCUGCCAACGCAAUGGCACUUUUCGGAUACUUCCAGUCGCAGGCCUGCAUUGGCAUGACUGCCGUGACCCUACCCCCGAUCGUCGCUGCCUGGACCCAGAACAUGAUGUGGAGUAUGGGUAUCAUUCGUGUCGGUUUCCUGCAGACUCUCGCCACAUGGUACCAACGCGCAACUGGCGGAACUCCAACUACGAUAUUGUCGAAUUUGAGCUCUGCUUCCGUGCGAGUUCAGAAGCGUAGUCUGGAUGACUAUGCUCGCCUUGCCAGCCGCGCCGCCGAUCAGCUUCACAAGCUCAUCCUCAAGCGAUCCAAUGCUGGCUCUCAAGGUACCGACACUUCGACUACGGUCACUGUACGAGGUAUCAAUCGUGUUGGAUUUACUGCUGGCAUUGAGCCAACUAAUAUCUUCAUGACCGGCUACGUCUUUUUCCUGAUCUUCGUCAUCUUCGUGGUGCUGGGCGUAUGCAUCUUCAAGGGAGUUUGCGAACUACUGGUCAAGGGUGGCCGCAUGAAGGGCGAGAAGUUCCAGGACUUCCGCAAUGGCUGGACUACCGUGCUCAAGGGUAUCCUCUUCCGAAUCGUGCUCAUCGGCUAUCCACAGAUGGCUGUGCUCUGCUUCUGGGAGCUUACUGUUCGCGAUUCCGGAGCCAUCGUCGUCUUGGCCGUAUUCACAAUCUUCUCUAUGUUGGCCAUCCUCAUCUGGGCAUCAAGCAAGGUCAUCAGACUGGCCCGCCGAAGCAUUGCGAUGCACAAGAACCCAGCAUACAUCCUCUACUCAGACCCGGUCUCUCUCAACAAAUGGGGUUUCCUGUACGUCCAAUUCAAGGCCACCGCAUACUAUUUCAUCCUGCCAUGGAUGGUAUACAUCCUCAUCAAGGGUCUCUUCAUCGGCACCGCGCAAAGCAGCGGCACUGUUCAGGCAGUUGCUCUCGUUAUUAUCGAAGCCUGCAUGCUGAUCGCUGUCUGUGUGCUCCGCCCAUACAUGGACAAGAAGACCAACGCGUUCAACAUUGCCAUCUGCGUGAUCAACUUUUUGAGCGCCAUCUUCUUGCUCGUUUUCUCCGACAUUUUCGGUCAACCAGGUAUCGUCACUGGUGUCAUGGGCGUCAUCUUCUUUAUCUACAAUGCCGCCUUCUCCACCAUCCUACUCAUCAUCGUCCUCGUCGCAUCGAUUAUUGCCAUCACUGCCAAGAACCCGGACACACGCUAUCAGCCAAUGCGUGAUGACCGUGGCAGCUUCAUCAAGUCGCAGACCCAGUUGAACACCGAGCUAGAUGCUCUUGGAGCUACUGCUCGCGGGGAGUCGAAGCAUGGCUUCAACGCGAACAAGAGCGGAGCACGCAUCGAGGAUGAUGAUGACAGCUGGUCGGGCGGUAGCAGCACCGAGCGCCAGAAGGAGGCUCAAGCCGGUGGCUACGGGUACAACCCACCACGUAGUCCGAUGAGUGCGCACACCCCAGCAUAUCCGGCUAGCGAUAAUGGGAGUGGGAGGCAUCUCCCACCCUACGACCGAAGCGCAACCGCCAGCCCAUACAGCGUUGGAGGCGGACAAAAUCGCUUUCGUCAGCCAGGCGCAAGUCCGAGUCCUUGGCAACGAGGUGCCGGCUAUGAAUAAAUUUCGCCCUCCAUUCUUCAGUGAUCCUUCAUCGGAGACUAUGAGUAUGGCGAUCCUAAUGAGUACAGAUCAUCAUCCCACUCCAGGCGCGAGACUCGAGCAAGCACCAGUGUUGCGACCAACGCUGCCUCGUGCAAAGUCUUCAACUGAUACCGUGGGCAAGGUUCUCGACUUGUACUACAACAGUCGACAACCUCCGCCCGCACCUUCGACUACAAGGCAUCCACUGCUCUAGGCUAGCAUCGGUGGGGAGAUGGAGAACAGUGCGUAUAAUGGCCUUUUUCACGAAUUUCUGAAUUUGUAAAUAACCCCUGCUGCUAUCGGGUCUGUUUUGUUCUUUUAUGCAUUGGGCUGGUCAAAGUGGCAUGCAUAUUGUCUCUCACGAAGUAAGUCGCUCCCUAGUGGGUGCCUACCAAUUGGAGUUGGCUGGAACUACAAUAAAUAUUUGAUUGCUUCGGCAGGAACGCAGGGAGAAGAGCCUGCGAUCGAUAUCAUCGAGGAUGAAACGGGAUGUGCGGCGUUUUUGAUCGUGUCUCCGAUGGAAAAGUGAGAGGAUGCCAUAGGACAAAGUCACUCGAUUCCAAUGGAAAUGUGGAUAAUUCACAUACUUUGCUGCUUCGCGAUUUCUCUUUCACCGGGGCGGCGUGCAUCAA